UUAAAAUACAUUGGAAACUGGAGACAUUCUUUGUAGUGAGACGGUCCCUUUAAGGAUGGACUGGCUCAUCCCUGUGGACUGGAGCAGACAGCGGCGGUCGCCGUGCGCCCUCCCGUUCAUAACGGCACGGACCCGGAAACAUAACUGUGGAAGUCGCUUGACCGCUUGAAUUGUCGAUAGUAUUUUUACCUGCUUUUAGGUGAAACGUUUCUAAAGAGGGCUGUGAAGGAAUCCGCGAGCGAGGAGAGGAGCGGCAGACGGAGGAGCGAGGGCGGAGGACGAAGGAGCGACAGCCAGGUCUACUGGACACCCAGGCGUCCGCACAAUCCUGCUUCGGCUGCAGACACGUUUUCUCGCAUUCACGCUCCCAAUACAACGAAACACGGACUACUUUCUACAGCUGGGCUUUUGGCUUUCCUGCAGAGUUCACCAUGGCCUGGAUGAAGGAAGAGUGAAACUCAAGGAGCCGGAGGAAAUCCUCGUCCUUUUGGAAAAGUAACGCUAACAUCUGGAACGAAAGAGCGUGCGUGUUUAAAGCCAGGAGCCAGGGAGAGAGUUUGCACCAGCAAAAUGUCUGUCCCUAAUGUCUUGGCCAAGGCCUUGUAUGACAACGUUGCUGAGUCUUCAGACGAGCUGUCCUUCCGCAAGGGCGACAUCAUGACGGUGUUGGAGCGUGAUACGCAGGGAUUGGACGGCUGGUGGCUCUGCUCCCUACAUGGUCGCCAAGGCAUUGUCCCUGGCAACCGUCUUAAAAUCCUGGUUGGUAUGUACGACAGCAAGCAGCAGGCCACACCUUCGACACCAGAUUCAGCCACUGCCUGUCCUGCCUCCCAAGUGCAGCGACCCCUCCUUCCUCAGAGCACCUACAUCAAACCAACACCGGUUCCAUCAUCACCUGCCAUCACUACUUCCUCCUCUGGGUUUGCCAACAAACCCAUAACUUCAGCUCAGUACACGUCCAUGCACCCAUCCUACUCCAACCCCAGCCCUGCACAGCCCAACUCUGACUCUGUCUAUAUGAUGCCCCCCUCCCAUGGCCCCAAAUCAACCCCCCAAAGCCUGUACCAGGUUCCCUCUGGUCCAAGUGGUCCCCAUACCCAGGCCCAGCCAGGACCCCAUAACAAGGCUCCAGCUCUAGCCCAGAGACAGUACCAGCUCCCAGUGCAGGACAUCUACCAGGUGCCUCCCUCUGUAGGUCCAGUACAAGGCCAGGGAGCAGCUCCAGCUAGAGGUACAGGAGCUGGGCAGGAUGUGUACCAAGUGCCCCCCUCCCUGGAGAAGAGGAACUGGGAGAGCAGCAACAAACCCCCUGGCAAGGUGGUAGUUCCUACUCGGGUCGGACAGGUGUAUGUGUAUGACACCGUGAAAUCAGACAUGGACGAGUAUGACAUCCCCCCCAGACAUCAGCCUCCGACCCAGCAGGAUAUAUAUGACGUGCCGCCCACCCGCCAGCAGUAUAACACACAGGUGUAUGACACUCCUCCCAUGGUGGUGAAGGGGCCCUCUAGUGUUCAGGACAUAUACGACACCCCAACAAGCACAGAGAAGAACACACAGCAUAUGGUCUAUGACUUCCCCCCAUCUGUCAGUAAAGAUGUCCCUGAUGCUCAGCCAAUCAGAGAGGAGACCUAUGACGUCCCGCCCCACUUUGCCAAACUCAGACCUCAGGUCCCGAUCUCCCCUGGCCAGUACCUGGCCAACCUUAACGACGAUGACGAUGAGCCACCCAUUCCAGAGGAUGUGUACGACGUCCCACCCCCCAUCCUGGCUGACAAGCAUUAUCAUGGAGACAGGGGUGGAGUCAGCCAGGCCCCCCAGGAGGUCUACGACAUCCCAGCCAGCCUGCGGACCGGAGGUCACCCCACCCAGGAUGUCUAUGACUUCCCCCGGGAACGAGAGGAGAGAGGAGGAGAGAGGGGAGAGCACUAUGUCUACGAUGUCCCACCACAGGUCGGGCGUGAUGCCCAGUCCACCAGUGAAGAUCUGACCAUGUCCUUCAAGCGGCUGUCUGCCUCAAGCACAGGAAGCACACGGAGCAACCAUUCUGCUUCAUCCUUAGACAUGGUCCCUGUCCGAGACACCUCCUCUUCUUCCACACAUCCUACCCCUGGCUCCAUUUCAGGGAAACCCCUCAUCUUGGACCUGGAGCAGGCCAUGGAGCGUCUGUCUCGCCUCCAGCAAGCUGUCGAGUCUAGCGUUUCCCUCAUGAUGUCAUUCAUCACAGGUAACUGGAGAAGCCCUGCUCACCUGGAAGGUAACCUUCCGGCCAUUCAUCAGGCUGCCGACCGGGUCCGCACCACUGUCCGAGACUUUCUGGAAUUUGCCCGUGGGGCUGUCGCGAAUGCUGCCCAGGCCACGGACCGCUCACUGCAGACCAAACUUGGCCGUCAGGUGGGGAAGAUGGAGGAGGUCUUCCAAAGUUUGAUUCGACACAGUCAGAGCUUAGACGCCAUUUCCUGGUCGCACACAGCACUCUCUGCACCGUCACCAGGAGGGGAUGAUUUAGAUCGACUAAUCAUGACAGCGCGAGGCAUUCCGGAUGAUGCCAAACAGCUCGCCUCCUUUCUCCAUGGUAACGCCUCACUUCUUUUCAAACGCACCACCCGGCAGCAGCAACAGCUGCCACUUCCUCCAGUCCCAGGGGAGAUUAGCGGACACAUGACAGGAUCAGGAAGUGGGAGCUACCAGGGAGGGGAGAAGGUGAACAUUCAGUCACGGCCCCUCCCCUCUCCACCAAAGUUUACAGCUGCAGAGGAAGAGGAAGGUGUGGACAGGCCAUAUGAGACCACAGAGGAAGGCUGGAUGGAGGACUAUGACUAUGUCCACUUACAGGGAAAAGAAGAAUUUGAGAAGAACCAGAGACAGCUACUAGAGAAAGGCAAUAUCAUCCGACACAACAAGACACAACUGGAACAGCAGCAGAUUAAACAGUUUGAGCGGCUAGAGCAGGAAGUCAGCCAACCAAUCAACAACGACAUGACAGGCUGGGUCCCAUCCCCCCACCACCCUCUAGCCAACCAGCUGGCCCAGAACGGCUCUGGAGGCUCCUCCUCCUCCAAACUGUGUCACGGCGACCGGCAGCUCCUCCUCUUCUACCAGGAACAGUGCGAGCAAAACAUCACAACAGUGACCAACGCCAUUGACGCCUUCUUCACCGCCGUCAACUCCAAUCAGCCGCCCAAAAUCUUUGUGGCGCACAGCAAGUUUGUCAUCCUCAGUGCACACAAGCUGGUGUUCAUUGGCGACACACUGUCACGCCAGGUCAAGUCUCCUGAAGUGCGGGUGCGAGUGUCCCAGAGCAGCAACACCCUCUGUGAAAAACUCAAAGACAUUGUGAUUAGUACAAAGACAGCGGCACUUCAGUAUCCUUCCCCUGGAGCAGCCAGGGAAAUGACUGAGAGGGUGAGGGAGCUGGCAGGGUGUACGCAGCAGUUCAGGAUGGUGUUGGGACAGCUACUGGUGAUGUAGGUUUGUUGGGGGGUGGGGGGGACAAAAACAGUGAUAUGAGAUGUCCCAGGAACAAUGUGGAGUAAAUCCUCCUUCCUGUAUGAGCUUGCAGCACAGGUUAAGAGGACCUGUCACCCCCUGGAGCCCAGAGUGCUGCAGGAAACCCUGUACACCCUUCCAGUGUGAGGCUGGAGACCUUGUGUGCCUAAGCAGGUUGAGGCUUUCCAUCCCUUAAGCUCCUGACAUGUAGCAUUUGUGGCCCUGGAUCCUGGGAGUCUGGGAUGAGGAGGCUGAUCUCACAUUGGGUCUUUGCUCCCUCCUGACCUUGCCUUUCACUGGGACUAUCCCUCUGUCUCAUCCCUUCUUUCACUGGGCGCUUUUUAAUCUCGACAAACUAAUAGGAACAUUCUUCAGUGGGCUGGGCCAAUGGUUGUAAAAUAAUCAUUGUAAAUAUUUAAGUUACCUAUUUAGUCAGAAAACCAGAAAAAAGACCAAUGAAAUACCAAUAUAUAAAUAUAAUUAUAUGGCUCUUUUUUGAAGACAGAAAAUCUGAAAACACAAGUGUAGCUUUUAGACAAUAUCAAUAAUUGUUAUUACUAUUGCUAUACUGUAUAAUUAUGGCUCUGAUUCUUGAUCCUUGUAUCAUUACUGUUAUGGAUGUGUCAAUUCCAGAUGAUAUGUAUGACUGUGUGUUGUAGUGCCUCUAUGCUCCACUCCACCCUGACAAAGGCACACUUUCCAAAAAACACUGGAGCACUGCACACCCAGCUUUUAACUUCAUCUGGUGAGAAGCUAAUUGCAAUUGUUGUGAUUGAGCAGUGACUUAGCGCUUGUGAUUCAAUAAGUUGUUGACAUUGUUUUCAGUGCACACAACACUGCUGCUGAAAGAUGUCCUUAUAACUGUACCACUUCAGUACUGUAGUUAUUAAAAAUGAUCUCAGUGCCAUCUCAGUUUCUUUUUUGGAAACCUAUAGCUACAUUGCUUUGUAAGAGGCAUGUAUUAGAGACAAGGGGCUCAUUUUCCUGCAACAGGGUGUAUAAUCUCCAGGCAUGAGUGAAUAUGAGCUUGCUCAACAGUGUUUUGCAGUUUUGGUGAUCACAGGUGCAGAGCACCUUCAUGCACAGCCAGGCGUUACUGGGUGCAUUGUGUACGAGAGGGAGGAAUAAAUGGUGCCAGGUGGAGUCGAGUCUGGCUUUAGUUCUGUCCAGUCAAACCAGCUCCUCUCAUCCCCUUUAAAGAGCAGAACGGACACCUGAUUGACUGAUGUCAGGACAUGGAAACAUAUGUUUCUUUCCCUGUAUCAGUUCUGAUAGAUAAAUAACCUUUUUACUGCCUUUAACAGAAGGAACGUCCGACAGACCCCAGUUCUUGGUGGGCAGCCUUCUGC